GGUCCGGGGUUUGGGGGCGCCGUUCGCAUCUAAGCGAUUAUUUGAGCGCUUGGGAAAGUUGCGGGGGUGGAGGGGAUACUUUAGGGUUCCCGGGAGCUUAAGAAACGCCUUGGGUUUGGGUUGUUUUGUAGUGUGGGAGGCUGGGUUGUGUUUUAGAGGUGUCCUUUGUGGUUCGGGGUGUCCGGUGGGCACAGGAUGCCUGGCCUUGAGUACUUCCUACCUGGGUGACCAAGGACAGGAGGGCGCUUCCCUUCCUGUGGCCCAUCUGCAAACAGGAGCUGCGGAGACUGCCGGCCUCCCAGGCCCCGCAGAGCCGCGAUUGUCGGAGCAGUGCCUAGGAAGCCUGCUGGAGCGUGCGGGACACGUGUCUGCUGUUGUACCACUCGAGGUUCCAUUAGGGACUGUUGACAUAUUUGUUUGGCUUGGGGUUCGUUUUAAAUAGGGUGUUUUUAUGUCUGAGUUCUUUCAAGGUUCGGGAGCUUCUGGGGAAUGAAGGGGUAGAAUAAGGAUCGGUGUCUGGAAUGAGCGGAGGAUGUCAGGAGACCCACUGAGUCACCUGUGAGAUUCGGGCCAGAAGAGGGCACCAGAUCUCAUAGUUGGUUGUGAGCCACCAUGUGGUUGUUGGGAAUUGAACUCAGGACCUCUGGAAGAACAGCCAGUGUUCUCAACCUCUGAGCCAUCUCUCCAGCCCAGCUAACUUUUUCUAUAAAAGACUAGCCUCCUCAGAUCUGGGAUUGUAAGCACGCAUCACCAUGCCCUGUUGGAGGGUUGUUUUCAUGUUGAGAUGUCUGGAAGGAGAUGGGCCAAAGAUGGAGACUAGGCAUCUGCUGCUUACUGGUGGCAUGUGGCGCUCCCUACCACCAUCCUGGUCCUGAGAUUCAGUGGCUGCCUGCUGUUUGCCAUCACCUCCCAGCAUGGACAGGGGCAGCCUCCUGCCCUUCCAGCUCUGGUGCCCCAGGCCCUUUGGAACAUAUUCCCAGAACCAGCCACGCCCGCCUUCCGCUGCCCUCAAGCCUCCAGCCUGCUCUGACACAAGCAGUGGGACUGAGCCUGACCAUGGACCUGCACACUCAGAGAACACACCACCUGCCUUGGCUGCAGAAGCCCCCACCUCCCAGCAUGCUCCACUCCUCUCUUCAGCAGCUGCUGGCGAUGAGGGUCGAGUUCUGCUGGACACGUGGUAUGUAAUCAAGCCUGGAAAUACAAAGGAGAAGGUGGCCUUCUUCGUGGCCCACCAGUGUGGUGGAGGUAGCCGGGCUAGCUCUAUGAAGGUCAAAGGGCACUGGGGCAGUGAUAGCUCCAAAGCCAAGAGGAGGAGGCGCUGCCUUGAGCCCACCAAGGCUCCUCCAGACCCAGGGGGCAGAGGAGGAGCCCCUGCCACCGAGGGGGCGCCCACGGCAUCCGGGGAUGAUGUAGACCUGCUCUCCGUAGCAGAAAUGGUGGCUCUGGUCGAACAGAGAGCCGCCCUGGCCCUGCAGAGUUACCCACGCCCCACUACCCCAGCUCCGGUGGUCUUUGUGUCAGCUGAGCAAGGAGGACCAGCCAAGGGCUUGGGGUCAGAGAGGCGGUCUGGUGGUGGUGACUGCAGCCGAGUGGCUGAGGCAGUGGCCCACUUUGAGGCCCAGCGGGACAGCCCUCCAACCAAGGGUCUGCGCAAGGAGGAGCGGCCAGGCCCCGGGCCUGGUGAGGUGCGUAUAGCUUUCCGCAUCUCCAAUGGCCGAGAGCCCCGUUCACCAGAUGGCAGUUUACCUACUUGGAGCGGAGGCCGGCCUGGUAGUCCCUACCCUGGUAGUCCUGGGCCUGGGGCUCGAGCCAAAGACAAAAUCACUUGCGACUUGUACCAGCUCAUCAGCCCCUCCAGGGAUGCCCUUCCCAGCAACAUGGAGUUCCUCCUGGCCAGGGCAGACGAAGCCAGUGAAGGUGAGACGCCAGCCCCGGCCAGGCCUGAGGAUACUCCCCCAGCACCCCCUCCACCCCCUGCCCGAGACUGUGGAGCGUCAGGAUUCCAUGUGGAUGUGGUGGUGACAGGUGUAGUGGACGAGUGCAUCUUCUUUGGCAAAGAUGGCACUAAGAACGUGAAGGAAGAGACUGUCUGCUUGACAGUGAGCCCCGAGGAGCCGCCCCCACCUGGUCAGCUCUUCUUCCUCCAGUCCCGGGGUCCAGAAGGGCCACCUGAGCCACCCCCAGCUGAUACACCAAGCCUAGUGCCAGGCCCUGACGAUCCUGAGGGCACAGCAGACACCUCCCUGUGCCGCCUGUACCGGCACGUGUCGCAUGACUUCCUGGAGAUUCGCUUCAAGAUCCAGCGUCUUCUGGAGCCACGGCAGUACAUGCUGCUGCUGCCUGAGCAUGUGCUGGUCAAGAUCUUCAGCUUCCUGCCCACCCGAGCCCUGGCAGCCCUUAAGUGCACCUGCCACCACUUCAAGGGCAUCAUCGAGGCUUUUGGUGUGCGUGCCACGGACUCGCGCUGGAACCGGGACCCACUCUAUCGCGAUGACCCCUGUAAGCAGUGCCGCAAGAGGUACGAGAAGGGCGACGUGUCCCUCUGCCGCUGGCACCCCAAGCCCUACCACCAUGACCUGCCUUACGGACGCUCCUACUGGAUGUGCUGCCGCAGAGCGGAUCGCGAGACCCCAGGCUGUCGCUUGGGCCUGCACGACAACAACUGGGUGCUGCCGUGCAGUGGAGUGGGUGGGGGCCGAGCUGGCCGGGAGGAGGGGAGGUGAAGCCCGGGGUGAGGGGACACCCGCCAUACCUAAGCCCUUCCUGCUUUGCUGGGAGCUGGGGACCAGGAAUGCAUCACCAGCCGACACCUACAGUCCAUCCAGCGCUGAUCUCCCCUAGAACUGGGACCAGGUUUGGGGGUUGACGGGGUAAAUGCCCCAGUUGACUCCUGUUGGUUUUUUACUCUUCAGAGCCAGGGCCAUGGACCCUCAGAGAGGGUUGUGUUUUGUUGUUUUUUAUCAGCAUCUCAGUUGCGCCUCCAUCAAGCCCUAAGCCCACCCGAGUCUCCACCCCAGGGACCCACCAGCAGGGAGCAGACGGCAGCUAAUUUUGGUACCACCUGAGGCUUUUCCUCAAGCUGGCCCUCCCCAUUCUGUGCCUCCCCAGUUCUUUGUCUGCGGGGCUGUGUUCACCCAAAGGGCCGCAGUCUCCGAGGUUGACGCCUCCAGGCCAUUAGCUUGCAACUCCAGUCGGCACUCUCUGGAGGCGGCCCACCAUUUCUAGAUGUUUUCCUCAUUAAAGAAAUGAUUUCUCCCGAA